AUGUCUCCGCCGAUGUAUCGGCCAAUUCGAGGCUUCUUCGGAUGGAUAGAGAACGGAGAUGACCCUUCGCAACCACAGUACAUACCAGCACCGCCUAGUAAACACAAAAUUGUGUUCGAUGCUUCCACCAGGAAGUAUUACGAGGCGGAUAUAACACCACUGCCCCGCGAAACCGCGCAGCAUAACUACGACCAAUCGCCAACGCGUGCAGCCAAACGUGAGCGUAACCGCAGCGGAUCACCACCGUCGCUCCCGAGGCCAUCGGUGGGUGCGCGAGAUGCCACCUACUCGGACCGGGCACAUAGCGAGCUUGAUGGCCAAUCUGUCGGGCGUCGAGAUGGUCGGCAGCAAAGCACGCCUCCCAUCAAGCGCGAGCCGUCUCCGUCUGCUGGGCGAAACCGCCGGCCAACAAACUUUGGCUCGACCAACAACCAGCGCAACCAACCACUACCACUACCACAGUUUGGCCCGCACGACAACAAUCGGCCGGCUUUUGGCAUGCGCAGAGAUUAA